AUGGAUGGUGAUCCCUUAUCUGAUCCAUCUACCUAUCGGAGUAUGGUGGGUGGCCUCCAAUAUCUCACUCUAUCACGGCCUGACAUUUCCUUUGCCGUCAAUCAGGUUGUCAAGUGCAUUUUUCGGUAUAUUAAAGGUACAGUUGAGCAAGGGCUUGUUUUUCACAAGUCCACUGAUUUUACUUUAUGCAGCUUCUCUGAUGCUGAUUGGGCUAGUUCUGUCGAUGAUCGACGGUCCACCACUAGUGCUUGUAUCUUUUUCGGACCUAAUCUUCUCACAUGGAUUGCCAAGAAACAGUCUACUGUUUCUCGUUCUAGUACUGAAGCAGAAUAUCGUGCUCUUGCCAAUACUACAGCUGAAAUUCACUGGUUUGGUUCCCUGUUUCGUGAACUUGGUAUUCCUCUUCGUUCUGCACCUUGCAUCUAUGUCGACAACCUUUCUUCCAUCUAUCCUAUUUUCCAUGCUCGCACUCGGCAUAUUGAGAUCGACUAUCACUUUGUUCGAGAAUUAGUUGCUUGGAAGGCCCUUCAGACUUUCUAUGUUCCCUCCUCCCAUCAGAUUGUUGACGUCUUCACCAAAGGCCUUAGUCAUGAUCGGUUCUCAGUUCUUAAAUCUAAGCUCAAUCUUCACAUUGCUCCGUUACACUUGAGGGGGGGGGGGGUAAAGAGAAUAUCACUCUAG